AUGUUUCCCAACAAUUCUCUGGGGCCCGGUCGCGUGCCACCCACUCCCGAAGAAGCUGUUCAGAUGCGAGCAAAGUGUGCCGCGUCCAUUGUUGCUGCUUUACCUCCCAUUGUCGUCAAGCAACUUUUGCUGGCGGCAAAGAUGAAGAUGUACACAAGCAGAUGGAAGGUAUGUUGGAUGUGUUUGGAGAUGCGUAUUUGA